AUGGUAACGGCUGCAGGAGGAGGGGGCGACAACUCGACAUCGCCCUUAGUCGGCUCCGCCCACGCGGCCUCCUGCAGCAUCGAUGAAUCCUACAAGUACAUCUUCCUCCCGCUCUGCUACUCCUUCACGUUCGUCUUCAGCAUCUCCCUGAACUCCGUGGUGCUGUACCGCUCCUUCCGCCGCACCAAGCGCUGGAACGCCUCCCUCAUCUACAUGGUGAACCUGGCCUCCACCGACUUCAUGUACGGCCUCUCGCUGCCCUUCCUGGUGGCCAGCUACAUCAUGAGGGACCGCUGGGUCUUCGGGGACUUCAUGUGUCGCCUGGUGCGCUUCCUCUUCUACUUCAACCUCUACUGUAGCAUCUUCUUCCUUACCUGCAUCUCUGUCCACCGCUAUCUGGGCAUCUGCCACCCGAUGAAGACCAUCACCCUGGAGACAAAGCGUGCGGUGAAGGGCACCUGUGUGCUGGUGUGGGCCGUGGUGUUCGUGCUGACCAGCCCUAUUUUCCGCUUCGCACAGACCGGCUUCGUCACCCGUGGGGUCGGUGGGGCCCCCGGCGGCACUGUGGAAGCCUUCCAGAACUGCUGGGAUGAUGCCAUCGACAAGGAGUUCUCCGAGUACGUCCCCUACGGCAUCAUCCUCCACCUGCUCGGCUUCUUCAUCCCCUUCAUCAUCAUCGCCUGGUGCUACUCCCACGUCGUCAUGACAAUAAUCCGGACGCUUCGCUCACAGCCGCAGCUGCAAGGGGGCGGGAACAGGGAAGGCGUGUCUGCAGCGCCGGGGCCCAUGUGUGCCUACGUCCGCCGGCGGCGCAAGUCGAUCAAGACCAUCAUCACCAUCACGCUGCUCUUCGCCCUGUGCUUCUUCCCUUUCCACGUGACUCGAACCCUCUUCCUCAUCCUCAAGUCCCGGGGACUGCCCUGCCCCUCCAUGCGCACCGUGUCCAUCUGCUACAAAGUCACGCGUCCCCUGGCCUCCUUCAACGCCUGGCUCAAUGCGCUGCUCUACUUCUUCACAAAGGACAAAAGCGCCCCCUGCUGCCCAUCUCCAGACCCAGCCCAUCAUGGCCUCCUCUGGCCACUGAAGAUGCUGGGAAAAGUGGGAGGAGCAGGAGAGGGGGGAGGAGGUGUUAACGAAAAGGAGAACGAGUCCAAAUCGUCAGGAAAUAUGUUUUGA